AUGGCCAAUCUGCUCGUGCUGGCUGCCCUGGUGACGCUGGGCGGGAGCCGGCCCUGGGUGCCGAAGCAGCUGCAGGAUGCUGCAGCUGCCGGCGAGGGCAAGGCCGAGUUCCAGAGCGCCUACGACGCCUUCAUCACGGCCUCCAACAUCGGUGCAGACGUCGAGGCGCACCGGCGCAGCUCUGCCGGCGUGUUUGGCGAUUCCAACGUCCUACGCAAGGUGGCCAGCCUCACGCACACGGCCAGUGGUCAGAAGGUCGUCCGACCGCGCUACCUGCCGGAGAAACUCGACUUUAAACACUACGAGAAGUUUGAAGGUCAGAUGCUGGUCAACUGGUUCAUCUCGUCGUUUAGCGAGGAGCCUCAGUGGCGACCAGCACUGGGCGAGGCCGAGCUGCGCGCCCUGGCCGGCCAGUUCCUCACGCACAUGCUGGCCGCCGGCGUGCUGCAUCAGAUUGAGGACAGCUCAGCUCCGCUCGAGUCCGUCUUCAGGCCGGACCUGAUGUACUACUGGGCGCACUCGGAGCUGCCGGCCUCCCAGGCGUCGACGCCGCGCCGGCUGCCGUCGGCCGUGUGGUCGGCGUUCAGCCCGGCGGCGGCCCGGCCGUCCGACCCUGACGCGUCGCCGGCGUCCGGACCACGGCGGUCGGGACCGCUGGACCCGGUCACCCUGGACAUGGCCCUGGACCAGGAGCGCCGCGCCCCGGACCGGAAGCUCGACCCAGAUGUUCCGGUCCGAGCGCCUCCCUGCGACCCGCCUGUGGAGAAGGAGGCGCCACCGUCGUCACAGCAGGUGGCGCCACCGGAGCAGUCCAGCGCCGAGGCCCUGAAGCUGGCCGAGCUGGAGGACAAGUUGAAGCUGCUGGAGCAACAGCUGGAGAAGUACAAGACCUUGGCUGGUCUCCAGGAGCUUACAAAAAACAUGAGAACCGACUUUGCUUCGCCAUCGUCCGAGAACAAGGAGCUGCCUCUCGGCGCGGAUCCAGUUGUGUCAAGAACAUCCCUUCCCUCCUCCAAAGGCCCUUCCCCAGCGUCCAGCCCUUCGAAGUCAGUACCAGUACCACCCCUGCCCCCCAAACCCGGCAUCACCGCCCCUCCGCCGUAUAUUCCUCCUCCGCCUCCGCCUCCGCCCCCGCCCCCGCCCCCUCCCGCGCCUGGCUCUGGUUCCAUUCCCCCGCCGCCCCCGCCACCACCCGUGCCGGGCUCUAUUCCACCUCCACCGCCCAUGCCUGGUGCCGUCCCUCCUCCACCUCCGCCCCCUCCGCCGUUGCCGGGUUCCGGUCCGCCCCCUCCGCCACCUCCCCCGCCCAUCCCCGGGUCUGUUCCUCCUCCUCCGCCGCCUCCGGGCUCUGGGCCGCCUCCUCCUCCGCCGCCCCCUGGCGGCCCGUCACCUCUGCCGCCGCCGCCGCCCGGAGGCUGGAGCAGCCAGACGGCAGGCUGUGUGUCUGGCGCCGCUGGCUCCGGCCGAGUGACGCGGAAGGGCCCGGUGAACCCCAAGGUGCCGAUGCGGCCGCUGUACUGGACGCGGAUCCAGAUCCCGGCGCCGCCGCCGCCCCCGGCGGCGCCCGCUCUCCUCUGGGACCGGCUGGAGGAGGAGCCGUUCGAGGAGGAGGAGUUCACCGACCUGUUCGCCAGGCAGGUGGUCCAGAAGAAGCCCGUCAAGAAGAAGGAGGUUAAGAGCCCUAAGAAGCAGGUGAAGCGGGCCAAGCUGCUGGACAGCAAGCGGUCGCAGAACGUGGGUAUCCUGAUCUCAUCACAGCACCUAGAGAUCGGCGACGUGGAGUCGGCCGUGAUGAACUUCGACACGUCCGACCUCAGCCUGGAUCAGCUGGAGCAGAUCCUGGAGAUGAGGGCGACUGAGGACGAGCUGCGCCUCAUUCAGAAGCACGUGGAGAAGAGCCCGGACGUGCCUCUCGACAAGCCCGAACAGUUCCUGUACGAGCUGAGCCAGGUGCCGCACUUCGCCGACCGCAUCACCUGCUUCACCUUCCAGUCGUCGUUCCGCGAGACGCUGGCCAACAUUGAAGCCAAGCUGGACAACCUCAAGGGCACCUGCAAGUUGCUGACAUCGUCCAAGCCGCUGCAACACGUGUUCGGCCUGAUCCUGGCGCUCGGCAAUUACAUGAACGGCGGCAAUAGGACGCGCGGCCAGGCGGACGGCUUCGGGCUCGACAUCAUCGGCAAACUCAAGGACGUCAAGAGUAAGGACAACUCCACCACCCUGCUGCACUACAUCGUCAGGAAAUACAUCCAGAACCACGACACGGAGUGUCGGCAGCUGCCGGUGCCCAGUCCGUGGGACGUCGAGCGGUGCCAGCAGGUGAAGUUUGACGAGGUGGCCACCGAACUGCGCCAGCUGGGCAAGGAGCUCCGUGACUGCCAGCGACGCACCGAGAAGGUGGCGACCGCCUCCGACGAGGCUCAUCUGCAGCCCUUCAAAGGCAACAUGGAGACCUUUCUGCGGGAGGCUGACAGCAACCUGCAGGCCCAGCGGAAGAACCUGGAGGACUGCCAGACCAGCUUCGUGGCAAUAUGCGCAUUCUUCCAAUGCACACACCGGAAGGAUAACAAGAAGAUGACGCCCAAAGACUUUUUCGCCAUCUGGGCGCCGUUCUGCGCCGACUUCACCGACAUAUGGAAGCGGGAGCAGGUCAAAAUUGUGAAGGAAACGACGAAGAAAAUGAAGCAGAUACAGGAAGACAAGAAGAAGGUGGUUAAGAAAGCCAAGGAGGCGGGUGGACUGAAAGCCAAGCUGCGUCUGUGACGGGCGGCGGCGCGCGCCGGCUGAACGUGCACACGACCCCGCCUUGACAGUGGCUGCACAAGAGAACGCUACGAGGCCGGCCACCUGCCGACCUGGGACAACACCGUGCCCGCCUGGCCGGCGGUGGCGGCGGCCGGCGCCGGCCAGCCCCGUCCUGGGCUGGCCGGGAUGUCCCUGGUGCUCGCCAGCUGAUCGUACCUGGUCCCCUGAGGCCAGCGCCGGAGCCGACGGAGCCGGAGGCACGGCUCUCCCGGCAUGCUCUGGACGCGCUGGCGUCCUCCACCACUGCAGCUGCCAGCGAGAGGCCCUGUGUGGUGCGACCCGGGGGCGGACGGAGGCGAUGACGUCACCCGCUCCGUUCUUAGAUGACGCCUCUACAGACGUCAUCCAGGAGCAGGUCCGUGCAGCGUUGGCAGUAGCGGGCCCGGGUCGUCCUGCUCGGACGGAACGGGCCCGGCAGGGCCUCGCUGCUGUCAUAGCGCACAAGCCACCCGGCUGCUCGACGGGCCGACCGGCGCUCUCGGUAGCUGGUGUCACGCCUCCCCACCCCCCGCUUUCGGCACCUGGUGUCAAGCCCCCUGCUCCCAGCAGCUGGUGUCCAGACGGGGUCCGUGUCCAGCGCCCCGCUCUGGCCAGCCGGUGUCGACCCCCGCUCUGGGGAGCCGGUGUCGACCCCCGCGCUGGGCAGCCGGUGUCGGCCCCCCCCCCCCCCCCGCUCUGGGCACCCGAUGUCGAGCUCGCCGGGCUCGCACCUGCUCCGUUCUCCGGCGUCAGCAGCCGGUCGAGGAGAUCCCGAUGUGUUGUCACCCUGAUCUCACGUGUACCUCAGCGCGCCGUGGCGUGGUGUUCAGCUGCCCCGCCGAGCGGCGCCGCGUGCAGGCGGCACUCGUGGACAGGCGGCCAGGGGCGGCGAUGGUGUGAUAACUUCUCGGAAGAGGAUGGCGAUGGUGGGAAACACGGAUGUGGCUUAGAAGCACGUCAGACUUUUUCUCCGCGGUCCAGAUGAACUUUGAGACGUCCGCUGCUUGUUUGCGCAAUUGCGUGUCAAUCGAGAUUCGUGUGAUAAUGUGCAUCGACUUGUAGCAUUGAUAAUAACAACAUGUA